GAUUCGGCAGCCAUGGCAACACAUGGCAGCCAGCAGCUAACUGAGAACACAUCGGCAACUUUAUCGGCAACUUUUCAGACGUUUGUUUCAGAGAUGUGUUCGGUGGGACUUGUUGUCAACUAUGCCCGUAGCCGACACACGGGUUGGACAAGUGACGUCAGCGAGUCAGAGUUUAACACGGGAACUAAAGGACCGGCCGGGCUGUCAACCCAAAUGAACGCUAGCUAGGUUUAAAGUUGUCAACUCCGCUAACAGGCUAACUAAGCCGCUUGUUUGCUCACUUAACGUUAGCUUAUAUAUGCUAACUAGCGUUAAAUAAGCCGCAUUCUCGAGAUGUGAGUGACACGUUAGUUUUGUAGGAACUGCCAUCUAACACCGGUUGCAAACUGGUUGUAAACGCAACACCCGAGCGCUUCGCGACCGUCAUGUCCGGGAAGCGAGCGCCUUCGCCGGCCCGGGGGAACGGCCUGCUUCACGGCAGCCGCACCAGGUCUUACGGGAGUCUGGUCCGGUCUCCGCUGUCCCCGGUUCGACAGGGACGCAUCGAACACAAGCUUCAGCCGGAAGACACGCUGCAGGGCCUGUCCCUGAGAUACGGGGUGUCCAUGGAGCAAAUCAAUCGGGCCAACAGGCUUUACGCCAACGAGUCAAUAUUCCUGAGGACGUCCCUCUCGAUCCCGGUGUGGUCGGACUCGGACCACGGCAGCAAACGGGUGGAUUUGGUCGGGGAGGAUGGUAAUAAAGGCGGCUCUGCCGGGCUCACUGGGAGUUGCCCAGAGAGGGAGCCACAAAAGGACGGCAAAGAAAGGGAGUCGGACCUCACUCCGGUAGAUUUUCUGAAGAGGCUGGAUGGAUUGAUAUGUCAGUCCAAGCAUGCCGCCGUCAAAGGAUGCCAGAGCGCAGAGAAAAGGGUUACCGCCAUAGAAGCAGCUUGCUCCAGCGGGACGUCAGGCCGGCGGCCGUUGGCGAGGUCGCAGAGCGCCCUUUCGCCUUCCGGAUUGCUGCAGCAGCAGCAGCAGCAGGCGUCACAUGUGUCAGUGCCCCUCACUAUCACCAAACUCACCAAGAAACUGAGAGACCGGGAGGACGAGAUCUUCCAGCUGUGACAUGCUGUAGAUCAGCGGUCUCCAACGAGUAGACACAACAAGAGAUGUCACUCUUUUUUCUUUUUUCCAUUCGCUGACAUAAUUUUUCCCUUUUGUCACCAAAUGAUUAUUUUCAGAUGUCAAUGAAAUGAGUUGCGUUUCUUUCAAGCUCAGUAACAUUAGUGCAGCCGUAACGUUUGACCAUGCUGGCAGACUCCAGAUUUGACUACGAGUACAAAAAACGCCGAGGCCAAUAAAAGGCACACGAUAUUAUUUUAUGAGGAACGGGUAACCUAUUCGGUGCAAUCCGGUCGAAUGCUAAAAGGUUCUGCCGCCAAGUCCACAGCAACUUCUCAUGGGACUUUCUGGCUGGUCUUUAGUUCGGUUCUACCAAACUGACAAGCAAGUCACCGCAGCAACAGAGACUUUGUUUACUGACUCAACACAAAAAGCCUUUUGCCAAAGAAAAGAUUGAAAUAGAAGUGUUGACUGCGGUGGCUGAAACCUUUCUUACAUCCCCGUGAAAGUAAGACAGGGUUUAACUGCGUCACAACAACCUGACGCUGUUCGUAGCUCUGUGCCACUCUUCAUCCCUCCAUGUGAGCUUCAGGGGUGGAAAAGGUCGAGAGAGGCCGCCGCUGUGGAAUAUGAGGAGCUUCAUGCGUCCCGUCGCUGUGUUUGGACUGUGUGUGAAAAUGUCAUGUCAAACAGAUGUCAUAUUGUACAAAUACUACAGGUUACACUACAUAUUUUAAAAACUGAAAUAUAUUAACUAUUUAUAUUGAUUAUUAUUUUUUAUUUUCGUGGCCCUCUAUCGGCCAGCCAGCACUGAUAUGAUUUAGAACAUUCCCAGAUCCAGUAAAUAUUAAGUCGAGGAAGCAAACUUUCUCUCUGCCCUAGAGGCCGGUAAUCUCUACGGUGUGUUUGCAUCGGCCUUCUUUUGUAAUUUCUUACUGCACCGAUGGAUUUAUUGGUCAAACGUCUAUGUGGGCUGACCUUGUCUCUGCCUGUAGAGAUGCAACCAAUGGAUGUAGUUCUAGUUUAAAGUUCCCUUUAAACGUUUUUCCAAAAAAUAACCUCUUUUCUAGUGUGUUGACAAGAUGCAAAUCGCUACAAGGACUCCAAGUUGCUUUUCUUAAAAUGCCUUUAAUACAUGUGGCUUCAUGUGCAAAGUGUCACUGUGCCCAACAUGCCCAGAUUACGAAAAGCAAAUCAUAAAUGCAGCAUUUUACCUCAUAAGAAUGUAUAAACACUUAUUUAUUUAACUAUUUAUACUUUACGGUCAUUUUUAUUACAUUCCUAAUAACCCAAGAACAGUGUUUCGGUUUUAAACAGAUUCAGUGAUGUCAACUGUUUUUAAAAAAAAAUAUAAGGCUUUUAUGUGG